UCAAGCGACACAACAAGAUGAGUGCAUUAUUCAAUUUCCAAAGCUUAUUGUCAGUCAUUCUGCUGCUGAUAUGCACCUGCGCCUAUUUGCGCUCGCUCUUUCCCAGCAUCAUUGAUCGCAACAAGACGGGAGUACUGGGCACAUUCUGGAAGCUGGCGCGCAUUGGGGAACGCAAAUCGCCGUGGGUUGGUGCCGCCUGCCUGAUAAUGGCUUUUACUGUGCUCUUUUGGAGCUAAAAUAAAUGGUGGAUGCAUGGAUUGAAUGGCAUCAAGU